AUGAGUGGGAGCUCCAAGUCGCGGAUUCAACCGAACAAUUGCAGGAAUUACAGUGGUUCUUCAAGCUCUCGUGUGAAUGCUGUUGUUCCCCACUGCAAGUGUGGUCAAGAGGCUGUGGUUAGGGUAUCGAGGACUGAUUUGAACCCAGGAAAAGCUUUCUAUAGUUGCUAUUUACCUAAGGGUCAUGUGUCCAAUUGUAAUUUUUUUCGUUGGGUUGAAGAAGAAGGUGAAGUGGUUUCAAAUGGACAGAACCCUAACAACAAUGAUGAAGAAGUGAGACUGUUGAAGGAAAUUUUGUUGCAGAAUCAGACCUUGUUGCAGGAGGUAGUGAUGAUGAAGGAGAUUAUGCAGAAGAAGAAUGUGUUUUUGGUUGAAGAGAUUAGGAUCAUGCAGGGAAUUAUGCUGAAGAACAAUGACACUCAUAUGCAACAAAUUCACUUCAUGAAAUCAUGUGUCAUAAAAAAAAAGCCAUGUCACACUUCCGUUAACGGACGUGACUUUUUUUUAACCAAGGACCACUGA